AUGGAGAAGAAGAUCCACUACAUCCGGCAUUUUGUACAAGCAUAUCAGGUGGACCUCAACGAGGUGCAGGGCCUUGAGGGCUGUGGGGACGAGGAGGCGUGUAUCCUCAAGGCCGGGGAGGUCUUCGCGACGUACAACCACUUCUUCUACCGCAAGCUGACGAUGGGCGCCCGGAAGUUUCUAUGCUACAGCCAGGCGGACAGCGAAUGCGCCGAGGUGGACGCGGCGCAGCGGCAGGAGGUGACGGUGGCGAGUCCGGCGGACGGGCGCGUGGUGGUCUUCGAGGAUUUGGACCCCUACCGCACAGGCAUGUGGGUCAAGGGUGAGAAGUUCCUCCUGCAGAACAUCGUGAAGUUUUCUCGUGGCACGGACUACGACUACUACCAGGGAGGCACCGCCUUCAUCGUGCGCUUAGCGCCGCAGGACUACCACCGCUUCCACUUCCCAGUGGACGGGAUUAUUCGGAGCUUCCAGAACUACCCCGGCAACUACUACAGCGUGAACCCCAUUGCCGUGCAGUCCAAAGACCCGGUGUUUAGCACCAACAAGCGCAUGCACGUGAGCAUCGAGACGGGGGAGGACAACUUUGGCUGCGUCACCUUCGUGUCAGUGGGCGCCACCAACGUGGGCUCUGUGAUGCACACCUCCUGGGUGAAUCAGGCGGUGCUGCGGGGCAUGGAGCACGGGUACAUGGCCUUCGGGGGCUCUACGGUGCUCAUCUUCAUCCGGAAGGGCGUCGCGCAGCCGGUCCGGCAGAUCAGGGACAUGAGCGAAAUCCCGGUGGAGACCAUCCUCCGCAUGGGCGAGACCUUGGCCACCCGACGAGCCAACGGCGAGCGGCCGCCGCAGGAGUCCUCCUCGCCCUGCAACAGGUAUACGUGGACGAGUUGGGACGAUUAUCUCAAGCGUGCAGGCUGA